AUGAGCGACGCAAAAGCAGUAGCAGUCACCACAAACAAUCCUGAGAAGAUGAAUAAGAAGGCCAGCAAUAAGAAAAUAAACAAGACCAAAGCCUUGUUGGAAAAGUCCAAAAAUGUGCUUACCGAAAGCAAACCCUUUCAGAUGAUGGUAGAAUCGACCUUCAAAUCCAUGGACCGUGGUGGGAACGGACAAGUCAGCAAGGAAGAAUUGUAUACUGGUCUCUUGUUGGUGCAUCUGAAACUGGCCAAAUUUGCUGGUGCAGCUGCCUGUUAUCCUCCCGAAAAGUCCGUCUGUGACAAUCUCUUUGAUGCAGCCGAUCACGACAAGUCGGGUGGGAUCGACAAGGAAGAAUUUGUCGCCAUUAUGGGAGUCUGUUGUGCUCAGAUAUUGACCCGCAUGAUGUUUUAUUAUCUGAUUUUGUUGCUCUUUGUUCCCUACUUUUCGGCCAACAUUGUCGAUUUGUUGAUGAUCCCCAACGGGAGUUAUUUGGAAUAUACAUUGGAGACCAUCAUUGGCUUUGCCAUGUUUUACAUUGCCGUCCCAGUGGUUUGGGAUUUUGUGGAUGAUUUGUCUCGCAGUAAAUUGGAAAAGAAGGACGCCAAAAAGCCGCCACAAGAGUUGGAAGCACCAGACCUCCAUGACGAGGAAGAAGAUGACGGGGAAGUAAUCGAAGCUCCGAGCAAGGACGAAGCCGAAAAGAAGGUAGACUAG